UUCUAUUUCUUCGCCAGCAUUUGUUUACAUUUUCCCCAAAGCCGGUACAAUGCGUGCCGUUUGUAAACAAAAAGUGUAUCGUGUGUUUCCUGUUAAAUUACAAUUAGUUAAAUAAUGAAACGAUAUUUGUUAGAUCUAAGUGAACUGUUUAUCGAUCAUCGGCGAAAAGCUUAUAUCGGUUAUCGACCUACAUGGACAACGGUGGCCUCCGUAAUAGGCAGCAUACGAAGCACGUUCAACAUACAGCCGGACCUGUACAUCUGCAGCGAGGAUGGAAUAUUCUAUCCGGAAGGUGAAAGUGUUGAGCUGAUUGAGGACGAGGAAGUCAUAAAGGUGUUUCCCAAAGAGCACGUUGCGAAGGAAAAGACCCGGUCAGACGACGAACCUCGUAAGCGCCGCGUUUCGAAUCUUCUCCACGAAAGCAGCACAUACGAAGACAUUGAGGCAACGCUCUUGAGCCUUCCGAAACCGAAGCGGCGUCGUGUGCGGAAACGUAAAACUAAGCAAGAUACGAGCGAAGAGCCAGCUCCCCGCCAAACGUUACCACGCACUGAAGAAGCAAAGGUACAGCAACCUGUAAGCGACACCGAACACAACAACGGACACAUUCGAUUUUCUCACCAGGAGUCACAGUCGAGCGAAGGUAGCAAGUCUUCGGAAGAGGUAGAACUUCCUUACAGGAAUCUAAAUCGUACCAUGAAGGCAAGAGUGGUACACGCUGUCUCCUCACAGGCACUCAACGAACGGUCGAGUCGCAAUGGAUCUGACCCAUCCGCAGCAACAACCGCUUCCUCUAAUGGUGAACCUGCCGAUAGUGAGCAAACCCAGCCCAUCAUCACAAAACCCAACAUAAAAGCAAGAGUUGUUCGAGCUACGAACGGUGGCAGUGCGGUAGAAGUCAAGCAGGAACAACUUGAAGCUAGCGCGACGGAACAAUCGUAUCAACCGCAAACAACUGUAGCUGAUGAUACCGAUGUAAUCGAAAUUGACGCUCCAACACAUGUUAACGGUGAAGAGGCCACUUGUGGCGGGACACCAGCAACGCCGGCAGUAUGAAAGGCUGUGCUUCAAGUGUUGUGUGUUUAACCGAUUUGCGCCAUCUGUUGCUGGCUUGCACCGAAGGCCUCAUAGGAGCCCAAAAUGCAUUUUGCAUGUACCGUACCAUCCGGCGGUUAAUUGGAAAAUAAAUAGCAGGGUGAAUGGUAUUAAGAUUUCUUUUAAGUUUAAGUUACUGUAAACCAAUAGUGGGGAAGGAUAGGUGAGCACAUCUGUUUGUUCCCUUCAAGAUAUGAUAAAUAAAAGCUGCAGAAGUUAAGGCAGCACACGCCAAACAAA